UUUGCUUGGGGGUGGGGGGACAGCUGUUCGGGUUUUCACUGGAGUGGACAAUCCAGACUCAGGUUUCUUCGUCUCCUGCUGCCUUUUGUUUUCUCCGUCCUUUUUUGGGGGGAGGGCUAGGAGUGACUUAAAUUCUCCCUGUCCGAGGAGAUAUAAAUAACUACAUGUAAAAUUAAUGCAGUUCCCGUUGUCAGAAUGUCCACAGAAGGAGGAUUUGGUGGUACGAGCAGCAGCGAUGCCCAGCAAAGUUUACAGUCCUUCUGGCCUCGUGUCAUGGAAGAAAUCCGGAAUUUAACAGUGAAAGAUUUCCGAGUGCAGGAACUUCCACUGGCUCGUAUUAAGAAGAUUAUGAAACUGGACGAAGAUGUGAAGAUGAUCAGUGCAGAAGCUCCUGUGCUCUUUGCCAAGGCAGCCCAGAUUUUUAUCACAGAGUUGACGCUCCGAGCCUGGAUCCAUACAGAGGAUAACAAACGACGCACUCUGCAGAGAAAUGACAUCGCCAUGGCAAUUACAAAAUUUGAUCAGUUUGAUUUUCUCAUCGAUAUUGUUCCCAGAGAUGAACUGAAACCUCCAAAGCGUCAGGAGGAGGUGCGCCAGUCUGUGACUCCUGCUGAGCCCGUCCAGUACUACUUCACGCUGGCUCAGCAGCCUGCUGCUGUCCAAGUGCAGGGGCAGCAGCAGGGCCAGCAGACCACCAAUUCGACAACCACCAUUCAGCCCGGACAGAUCAUCAUCGCGCAGCCUCAGCAGGGCCAGACCACACCGGUGACCAUGCAGGUUGGAGAAGGACAACAGGUACAGAUUGUCCAGGCACAGCCCCAAGGUCAAACCCAGCAGGCCCAGAGCAGCACCGGACAGACCAUGCAGGUGAUGCAGCAAAUCAUAACGAACACAGGCGAGAUCCAGCAGAUCCCGGUGCAGCUGAAUGCUGGCCAGCUGCAGUAUAUUCGCUUAGCCCAGCCUGUAUCAGGCACCCAAGUUGUGCAGGGACAGAUCCAGACACUUGCCACCAAUGCUCAACAGAUCACACAGACCGAGGUCCAGCAAGGACAGCAGCAGUUCAGCCAGUUCACAGAUGGCCAGCAGCUCUACCAGAUUCAGCAAGUCACCAUGCCUGCCGGUCAGGACCUGGCGCAGCCCAUGUUCAUCCAGUCAGCCAACCAGGCCUCCGAUGGGCAAGCUCCUCAAGUGACUGGUGACUGAGGGCCUGAGCAGGCAAUGUCAAGGACAAACAACACAAUUUUUGUCAUACAGCCACGGGCGAUGGGCACAACCUUCCUCCCCAGAGGACCCUCGGAUCUCCACGUCUCCUACAGGAUAGGACUCUGGUGCACUACGUCCCAUGCCUAGGGCCAAGAUUAUCCAAAAGAAAAUGCAUUAUUUUUUAUUUCCUCUUUUUUUUUUUCCUCCAAGGAAUCAAUAUUUCAGUAUGUUGAGCUCUGUGUCCAGUGCUAUAAAAUGAAAUUAUUAAAUAACAUAUUUAUGGCAUUUUCUUGAAGAGUGUGGUUGAAGAAAUAAAUAGUUCUUUUGGUUCUUGCCGACAGUUUUUAGGAGCAAAUCUUGGGUUGUGCGUUACCUCCUGAUUCCUCAAACAGCUCUGCCACCUUGUUCUGCUCCCACAUUAGGUUGGGUGGACGUGUGUAGCUCCUUUUCACAAGUGGUCCUCACCCUGCGCCCUGCUCUUGCCCUUGCGCUAUGCAUGUUUCCAUCCAGAGGCUAUGGAAACAUUCCUAGCGUUUGAGAGAUGAACUCAGAUCUCUUAGAGUGGAAGGUUGCGUUCCUGGGCCCUUCUUCUCUCCCAGGGACUCAGGGAGACUAGAAAUUUGUGCAUCCUCCCAUCCUGUUUUUUAUUUUAUUUUUUAACUGCAUUAAAAAUGAUACUAGUCUCCUUUGCUGCAUGGACUUCAAACUGCAUGAAAUGCAAUAAAUUUCACUUUAGAUAA